GACUUUUGUCACUUAUAGGUUAGUAACAGUCUGAUAAUGAACUUAUUAAAAAGCAAUUACUUAUUGAGCAGUAUUGAUUAAUUUAGAAGUGAAGAAUAAAAGUUGAAUGUUAAAUAUAUACGUGUUGUGUACUAUAUAUUGCAAAAAAGUGUUUACAAUUGUUUUGCGAAUGCGCACAGUUAAUGACACGCCCAUUAAAUUCCGUUAUUCUAUCUUGUUUUGUGCAGACGUCUGGUUUAUUUCCUUUUUUUCUGGAUAAUUUUUGAAAAGAAAUUCGCAGUUUCUACAAAUUUAUAUGUAAUUCUAUUUGAAAUUGAAACGAAGCAGAUAUUAUUGUUUCCAUUGAUGAGCAAAGAGAGAAAAGUUUGACAAGAAUCAGAAAAAAAUAGAAAAUGGAUUCAAAAUCACCAUAUUUGGAAGCAAUUCAAGGAAUUCCGGGAAAAACGGCCAAAGAAAAGUAUGAAUCUCUCAAUAAAAUAAUAAAUCAAACGAUUGAGCAUAAAAAAGUACCGGGUGAUUCAAAAUCAAAAACAAUAUACGGAUCGGAAAUUCCCAAAGAUUUGGAACCGCUUAUUACGACGGAAGUUGCAAAAAAAGAAAAAAAAUCGGAAGAUAUUGUCACAGCGUUCAAAUCAGAUGACGCUGUCAUUAUAAAUAGAGCAUUGCAAGCCGAUUGGUUUUUUGACGGAAGUUUAAAAUCGAUAACAAAUUUCAAUUAUUUUUCGAAAAAUAUUUUCCCCGAAGUGUCCGUGAAUACGAGAACAAAUAUUAUAAAACGUUUGUCACAAUGUUUGGGACACAAAAAAGAAUAUGAUUUAGCGAAAGAAUUUUACGAGGGUUUGGAGAAACUUUACAAUUUAAAGCAAGCGAGACCACUCUUAUCAGCUUGUAGUGAAACUUAUCUCGCGGAAAUUGUCAAAAACAAAAAUAUCAAUUUACCCAAAAAAUUGAUAAAUCGUCUAUUUUCCAAAUAUCCGCAAUUGGUUAUUGAUUAUUUCAAAUUUGGUUCUCCGUCUCGAGGCAAUGAACGUGUUGUAAACGCUGCAAAUAUCGAAGAUUACUGCGACAUUUUACCGAAAUUAAUCAAAAAUCACGUUAACGAUUUUAUCGAUAUUAUCAAUUCACGAGAAAAUUCUUUGAACGUCAACUUGGGAAAAAAAUGUGCGGAAUAUUUUUUACAAAGCGAAAAUGGUCUCGAAAAUUUGAUAAACACACCGAAAAAAUUUCUCCCCUUACUAUCGUUGAAAAUUGUCACGAAAAAAUUAAAUAAAGAACAAUUUGAAUUAAUGUUCCGAAAUAUAUUUCCAAAAAAAUCCGAUGAAUUCAAUUUUGAUGUAAUUCUCUAUUAUCUUGAAUUCCAAUCGCCAGAAAUGAAAUUGCCCUUAAUUUUGAACACAUUCAAAAAUGUCUAUGGAAUCGAUCUUUUGACAUUGGACAAUAAAGUGACGGUAAAAAUGCUUCUGAUGUUGCCAAGCGAAGAUCGAAUUAAAAUCGUUAGGCAAAAAUUACUCAAGGAGACUGACGAUAAAAAUCCUUGGAAAAAUUGGGACGAAUGUUGGACUUGCUAUUUGCCAUCACACGAGUCAAUACCAAAAUUAAAGGACGAAAUGUCGAAAUCAAAAAAAGUUGAUGAUCGAAUACCUCUCAUUGGAAAAUUAUUAUACACUUGUAAAGUUAAUCAGAAUGACGAUGAUUUGAUUCAAGUUCUACAAUACUUUUCAUCGAAACAUCGCAAUGAAGUCUCGUAUUUUUGGACAAUUUUCUAUGACAAUCUUUUGAAAAUAUUCCCCCUCGAGACAAUGAGUAAAAAAUUCUGGGAGAUUUUAAACGAAAUGAUACAGAGAUCUUACGUGAAGAAUAUUCUCAUGGAGAGAAUAGAAAUUUCCGAGCAACUUUUGGAAAAAUCAAUUCACUACAAUUUAAUCAACAAUCUUUCCAUUGAUGACCGAAUGACAAUGUUGGCCGAAUUAAAAAUAAUUGGUUGGAACAGUCAUUUUAAUAUAAUCAAAGAAAAUCCCAAAUUCGAGAGAAUUUGUUUAGAAAAAUUUCUCGAUCUUAUUCCGCGUAAAUUUCCCGAAGAUCAUACAGCGUGGAAGGAUAAUAAAUUGGAUACGAUAAAAUAUCUUGUCAAUGAUAUUUACGAUUACAACAAAAGAAUGAAAUUGUCCGCCAUGAAAAAUCAACAAAAAUUCUUAGAGAAGGAAUUCACGAUUAAAAACUAUCCCUGGCUGUUGGAUGAACUGAAUAAAGUGAUUCACACCGAGGACUUUAAAUAUCACUACAAAAUUGAAGACGUCAGGGAAAUUUUGUCUGAGAAUGAACCGGAAUUAUAUCGGGAAUGGUUUCCGGACGAGGAAAAAAUUGCGAAAGUGGACAAACAGGAGGGCUUGAAUUUACUCAAGAAAAAUCCGGAGAAAAUUGUCCAAAACUGGCAAAAAUAUUUGGAAAGUUGUGAGCAGAAUCUCUAUUACGUUCAUACAAGAAAAUUCCUUAAAAAAUCCAUCUGGUAUUCGGAAAUUCCAAUCAAAUUUCUAGAAGAGACGUUAAGGAAAUUAUCCGAGGGAAAUGAUAAUUCGAUAAUGAUUCUCGCUCUCCUACUUCCGGGGAGCGAAUUUGAGAAAAGAAUUCAACACCUAGUGCCAAAUUCGGAAAGGAUGGACAUCGAUGGAGACGAUGCGAGAAAUCUUUACUCGCAAGCUUCUUCAAUUCCGCCAGCAAUCAAUGAAUUAAAUCCCCCACCACCUUUGGAAUUAGUCGCGAAAUUUUGCCAAGGCGAUUAUUUACAUCUCGGCGUGACUUCAUUGAUGAACAUCGCUCGUCGUGUCUCGGUCCAUCAGGUCACCGCAUUUGCCUUGACAUUAAUUUCCAAACCAAUUUCCGUCAAAAAACACGCAAUUCGUCUUUUAUCCGUAGUCUCACCCUCGGCAAAUUUCUACGAAUUUCUCCAACAUAUGUGGACCACGGAAACCCAUAAAUCAAUCCGUGAAAUUGUCUUCGAAAAAAGUUAUCAAUUAUUUUGCACUCAACCAUCGGUGGCAACGUGGAAUUUAAUAAAAAAUAUGAUAGAAACCUUAAAAGUUGACGAUCGUGAAUGUUUCGAUCUACUAAAAAAUCUCUCAAAAAUCCCCAAUGAUUAUUUAGAGAAAUAUUUCCAAAUUUCCCUACAGAGAAUCGAAAAAUUGAUAACACUUGGCGAAAGCAGUUCGUUAAUUUCCGUAAAAUUACGUUUAUUCUCCCAAUUAGAAGUCGAACAUUGUCAAUUUUUCUCCGAAGAAUAUUGUCAAUAUUUAUUGAAAAAUUUCACUUUUAAUUUUGAGAAUAAUAUCGAGAUUCUCCAAGCUGGUCGUGUGUACGCGACACAAAUUUUCCUCAAUGAUAAAAAUAAACUCGACACUCGUUUGACGUAUUUUUGUAAUUUAUUGCAAACGGUUAUUAAUCAAAACUGGAAUAAAUCACAUUCGGAUAAUUGUCGUUUCUAUCCGAUACGAGAAUUAUUUUCCAAACUUGUCAACGAUUUGUAUUACACCAAAGAUGGUGAUGUAAAAAUACUUAAGGCACUUUUUAAUUUGUUUGAAAAAUCCAUACCACCGGUUCAAGAUUUUCGAUCAUAUUUAUUAUUGUACUUUGGUAUUCAUUUAAAGGAAUCGGAAUUUCAGGGAAAAGUUUUUGCUACUACGAUUGGAAAAGAAUUAUCGUCGAUUGUUGCAAUUUUUUCCCCUGAAAUGCUCUGUGAAAUUGGCAAAUUUUUAGCGUCAUUUUUAAAUUCAAGUCAAAUGCAUACCGAUAAUGAUAUAAUUAAAUCGGUGAUUCAAUCGUUUAUUGAGUUAAAUGAAAUUUAUUCGUCAAUUAUUGCCGUAACUAUUUUCGCUGAAUUUCAUACGAAAAUCUCAGAUGAUAUGUAUAAAAAUAUUGUGGAAAAAUUACGUAAAGUGAAUCAUCCAACAGUUCAGACAGUUUUGAAUAAUCAUAUAAUUGACGUUACUUUGGAUGAUGUUUAUCGUGGAAAUAAUUAAGUGUGUAAAUAAAAAUUCUCGAAAAUUUUUAAAAAAAUUUUAAAAAAAAAUUUUUGAAAUUAAUUUUUUAAAUCAAUUUUUAAAUUAAAAUUAAAAUUAAUUUUUAAAAAUAAUUUGUUGAAUUAAUUUUUAUUAUUAAUUUUGUGACUUAAUUUUUAUAAUUAAUUUUGUGAAUUAAUUUUUAUAAUUAAUUUUUUUAAAUUAAUUUUUUGAAUUAAAAUAUUCGGAUUGCAUCAUCACAUUUUAUUAGAAGCAAAAAAGAGUAAUAAAAAAGAAAAUUGAGAAUUUUUAUUAAAAACAUUUGGCGACAUGUGUGUCAAUAAUUUCCGAUAAAAAUACGAGUUUACAAUUUCACGAUACGAAUUACGAAUAUAUAUAAAUUAAAUACAGUCUCUAAUAUAAAUGCCUCUAAAUUGAAUUUAGAGGAAAAGAUUAAAAAAAACAAGAUAUCUGCUUUUUUGCAAUUAAAAAUAUUUUUUCUAUUUUAUAUAAAUAUACCAAAAAAAUAGUAAAUAUUCUAUAAUUUUUUAUAAAUUA